AUGACGAAAAUAACAGAUGCAGCAACGAGACAGGCAGUUCAAAGUGCCUAUGACGCCGUUAGAGCAACUGUUGUGAAAAGUCAAGAAAAAGAGUUACAACAGACCAAAACAGACCUAGUAAAUGCUUUCUUAAGAACGAAAAGUCAGGUAGGACAUUACGCUGCAGAUGGAACAUAUGUGCCAGCUGGUGGAACUUAUAUACCACCAAACCCUCCAAGAGAAGCACCUGCACCAGGACUACCUAGAACAUUUACAUCGUCACAUGGACACAGACACAGGCAUGCACCAAAACCACCUCCACAACCAACACAACAACCAACACAACAACCAACACAGCAACCAACAGUUCAAAACCCUGCACAACAACAACCACAAACAGAGCAAGGACAUAAAAGAAGUAGAGAACAAGGAAACCAAGAAUUCUUAAAAAUGCUUAAAGAAGAGUGUGGUUUCCCAGAUAGUAUUGACUUUAGUGACAGAUAUAAAGAAGCUAUUGGAAAGUUCAAGGAUGGAAAUACUGACCCGAACCUAUUUAGCUUUAUGGCUCAGCACCAAAACGGAUAUAAUCUCAAACCUGGAAAAUACAAGCUCGCUAAGGGAUAUGAUUUAAUAGCAUAUCAUCCAAAUGACAUGGAUGAAUUUACUCCGAGAUAUUUGAUGUCAGAGCUAAAUGACAAUUCAACUUUCGUCAUGAAACGCGUAAAAAAUAGAGACGGAACGAAAGAACAAAAGCUUAUGAAUGCGGAUGACGUAGAUAGGGAAAUUGUUGAAAACGGUCUCGGAAUAUAUGAAAUGCCAGCAGAUGAGGUACAAGAAACUCCACAGGAAGAAGUUCAGAUACAACCAGACAUGGAAGAAAUAGUUCAGCAACAACAGCUAGAAGAGCCUGAAGGAAACGAACAAGUCCUUCCUUUGGAAACUAACUUCACAGAACUAGAUGAAGAUUUGGAACAGCCGAAAAAUCUUGACCCUCAACAAGAGUAUGCGGAGAAUAUGGAAUAUUUCCAAGAGUCUAAAAAAAAUUCGGCUGACAUAGUAGAAGAAUAUC